CAAUGCUAUCACCAAUUUAGUUUGCUCAUCCUUAGGUUCAGGCUUUCUGUCUAAUUGAUCCCUUUGGCCAUGAGUCACAUUACGUAUUCUGCAAUGGAGAACAAGAAAGAGAACUGCGAUUCUAUGAGCUCCGGAGGACAUGCAUGGAGUCAAAAGAUCCGAAAGAGAUCUACCUCCAAUGCAUUACUCCCUUAAGAUAGAGUCAUUCUCCUUACUUCUGAAGACAAAAGUCGAAAAGUAUGAAUCUGAUGUUUUUGAAGCCGGAGGCCACAAAUGGUUUGUUGAUCCUCACCACCUUCCUUUGACUAAUAUGCAUAAAACAAAAUCAACAUCAGGUCAUGAGCUCAUGGCCAGAGCUAGUUCUUCUAGCAGCGAUGAUGAUGUGUCAUUAAGUGCUGACCAAGAAGAGGCACCUGCAAUGACUUACGACGCUACCUCUUCCAGUGCGGUUCCACAAUGUAGAGGCUGUGUCCCUUCACAGCGGGAUCAAUUCACCCGCAAGUAUGAGGUUCAGACUCCCUGUCGAAUUGACCACUUUGGCCACGAGUCUGCAAAGGAGAACAAGAAAGAGAAGUGCGAUUCAAUGAACUCCGGAGGACAGGGAGUCACAAGAUCCAAAAGAGAUCUACCUCCAAUGCAUUACACCCUUAAGAUAGAGUCAUUCUCCUUACUUCUGAAGACAAAAGUCGAAAAGUAUGAAUCUGAUGUUUUUGAGGCCGGAGGCUACAAAUGGAGGUUGUGUCUUUACCCAAAUGGAAACACUAAAGGAAUAGGGAAAGGCUUUGUUUCCCUUUACCUGCAAAUAGAAAAUACAAGCAAUCUUCGUCAUCGGUGGGAGGUCACCACCGAAUUCAAAUUGUUUGUGCGUGAUCAUAUAAAUGACAAAUAUUUGACUGUCCGAGAAUCGGAUGCAUCAGUAAAACGUUUUCAUGAGAUGAAGACCGAAUGGGGUUUUGAUCAAUUGCUUUCCCUUGAAACAUUCAAUGAUGCAUCUAAUGGAUAUCUUUUCAAUGACUGCUGUGUUUUUGGAGCUGAGAUUUUUGUUAUCAAACCAACUGGAAAAGGGGAAGUACUUUCUAUGGUUAAAAAACCUGCAAAUGGUUCUUUAACAUGGAAGAUCAGAGAUUUCUCUAAAUUAGAUAGGAAGUCAUAUUUAUCCAAAGCCUUUACUGCCGGAGGCAGAAGUUGGAGAAUAGACGUUAGUCCCGAAGGAUAUGGUGAUGGAAAGGGAAAUUCACUAUCUGUAUUCCUGGAACUAGUUGAUGGUGGUAAACUUCCUCCAAAGAAAACUGUGUGGGCAGAAUACAAGCUACGAGUUUUGGAUCAACGCCAUGACAACCACGUCGAAAAAACAACGUCACGUUGGUUUACCUCCUCCAGUCAUACACGUGGUUUCCCCAAGUUCAUGCCACUGGGAGAUCUCCGUGAAGUCUCCAAGGGUUAUGUUAGGAAUGACACUUUAAUUGUUGAAGCUGAAAUUCUUACCUUGUCCGUGUCCAAGCUUUUCUCAUGAAAAUUGCACGAUUUCUCAUACUGAAAUCGUCACUCUGUUAUUCGUAUCAAUAAUUAACCUCGCUGUUUUAUUGUUAAGUGACCUUUCUAUGAAAAACCAUGUGUUAAGAAUAAGAAUCUAUUGGAUGAUAAACUGCAGGACAGUAAUUGAUUCCUAAUCUAUUGGAAUGACUGUAAAUGCUCUUGUAUAAAUACGUGAUGUGAUCAAUAAUAUAAUUCAUUCCAGCAAA